AAAGAUCAAAAACCCAAACACACUCGGCUCCUCAUCCUCCAUAACCCCACUGAAACAAGAACAUAAGAAAAAUAAAAUUAGCUAGCCAGAGACUCAGAGCAGACCAAAUUAUCUGGCCAUGGCAUCUCUGGCAACCUUAGCAGCUGUUCAACCAGCCACCAUCAAUGGCCUUGCCGGAAGUUCCUUCACUGGAACCAAGCUCUCUGUCAAGCCCACCGGCCAGACCCUCAGACCCAAAAACAUCAGGAGCGGUGCUGUGGUGGCCAAGUAUGGAGACAAAAGUGUCUACUUCGACCUUGAGGAUCUGGGCAACACUACCGGGAAGUGGGACUUGUACGGCUCAGAUGCACCCUCACCCUACAACCCUCUUCAGAGCAAGUUCUUUGAGACAUUUGCUGCUCCAUUCACCAAGAGAGGCUUGUUGCUCAAGUUCCUGAUCUUGGGAGGUGCUUCCACCAUUGCUUACCUUAGUGCCACUGCUUCAGAUGACAUUCUACCCAUCAAGAAGGGCCCACAACUUCCACCCAAGCUAGGCCCACGUGGCAAGAUCUAAUUGCAUUUGGGAUUUUCCAUCUCUUCAAAGCUUUUCAUCAUGUGUAUGUAAUUGCUUCUCUAUUUUGUACUUGUAAGUAUGUCUAAUGCAGAAUUAAGACCACCUCACUUGACAAUUAUUCAAAGAUGUUUCUUUCAAGUGCAAUUUGGGGCACUACUGCUUUUAUGUUUUAAGAUCAUGAUAUCUUCAUCAUAUUUUGUGGUCUAUGAUCAGUGAA